AUGGUUUCAACUGGUAGUAAAAGCCAUGUCAAGGAAAAGAGCUUGUGUGAUGCUCCCCUGUCAUCGCCUGUCCAAAAGUAUGUCUGUGAAGGAAAAGGAGAAGUGUGUGAAAAAUUGCAGCAAUCCAGGAAUGAUGUUUGUUUUAUUACCAUAAAAGUACAAUGCGACCCUGGGAACCCAAAACAUCAAGCUUUGCUUGACAAGAAUAUAUCUGAGAGUGAAAGAGAGCAUAUGGUUUCAAUUGCUAGUGUAAGCCAUGUCAGUGAAAAGAGUUUGUAUGACGCUCCCUUUUCAUCACCUGUCUCAAAGAAUGUCCAUGAAGGAAAAGGAGAAGUACGUGAAAAUUUCCAGCAAUCCGGGGAUGAUGAAAAUCAAGCCUUGCUUGCCAUCAGUAAUUCUGAGAGUCAAAAAGAAGUUGUGAUUUCCACCACUGAUAGAAGACAUAUCAAAGGAAUGAGCUUGCAUAAUACUGCACCUUCAACACUUCACUUAAAGGUUGAAGAAAGAAACAAGGAGCACCCAAUUGAAAUAAAAGAAUCACAAAACCUAUGUGAAGGUGCUGAAAAAGAAGAUGAUGAAUCACCUGAAAAGAGAGAGAGCAAAAAAACUGAUCAUGAAUGUUUUUCUGUUAGGAAGUAUCAAAAACAUGAUGGUUUCUUCCCUUAUAAAUACCUAAUAUGCUAUCUGCCUUGUGGAAUUGUGAAGAUGCAAAGAAGUUGAACCCAUGUAGAGUGCUGGAAACAUGCAGAG